AUGUCAGAGGACAGCAGCACCACAGAUGGGGAUGUGGACCCCCAGCAUGGCUUAUAUAUGCUGGUCCUGCUGGUCUUGGUCUUCUUUGUCAUGGGUCUUGCAGGCUUUCUCAUUUGCCAUAUCCUAAAGAAAAAGGGAUACCGCUGUCGGACAUUCAAUGAUGAAUUUGACUCUGACAACAAGGAAUCACUGACACAACUCCAAGAUGAUGAAGAAGAAGAUCUGAAUGAGGAUACUGUAGAAAAAAUUGUGAAAUGUAUCAUUCAAAAUGAAGCAAAUGUUGAAGUUCUAAAAGAAAUGCUGGGAGAAAGCGAUGCUGAUCUCCCACUGCCAGUGCCUGUACCCAGUGCUCUAUGUCCACAUCGCAGCAGCCAAGAUGGUGGCAUUCCUCAUCAUCACACAGUGCACUUAGGUUCCGCACAAGCACCUUGCAUUCAUUGCAGCAAGAAAAAGAGACCUCCCAUACAUCGUCAGGGCCGGUCAAAAGAGAGCAAAAGCAAGAUGCACCCUGGAGAAACAACAGUAUUUUCAGUUGGCAGAUUUCGUGUCACCCAUAUUGAGAAAAAACCCACUUCCCAUGGAUCCCAGGAGGAAUCUUUUAAUGAGAACAAGCCAGAUGUAGCUGAUACAUAUCAGAAGACUAAUAGCAAUGAGAAACUUCAAUGGAUUGGGUCACAGAAUGGAAUUGUUCAUACAGAUGGAGCACAGGAAAGAAAAUUAGCUCAGCCAGAUUCUGAAAGACCACCAAAGGAGACUACUGCAGAUGAUUUAACUCAAUCAGAGACUCAUUUAAAUUUAAUAGCCAAUACAAAUAUAGCCAUAAAUGAAACAGAGGGAGGAUACCCUAAGGCAUGUUUUUCACAAGAAGCAAUAAAUUCUGCUGUUAGUUAUGCAACUGAGAUUAACUCCACUUCAGGACCCAAAGACCUUUCAUCAGAAGAGCUAGAGGAGGAUAACAAUGCUGAACAGGUGGGCCAUCAGAGCGUAGCUUAUGAAGUACCAGACAACAAACAACGAGUUUCAAUAGGACCCAAACUGGAAAUGUGCCCAGUACAGCAAAUGGCAUAAGGCAUCAGGUCCUAUGAACUGCAUGCUCCUUAGCAUGAGUUGCUAAGGAGAGAGAUCCACAUG